AUGAAUUCUACAUACCUCACAAAGAAGUCGUACGCGACAAAAGCUUCACCAGAAAGUCCUUCUUUAAACGAAUGCCUGUAUGCGGGACCUUCGCUAAAUAACAAGCUGUGGGAAGUGCUGGUAAGAGCGCGAAGUUUCCCUGCUGCAAUCACUGGGGAUAUUCAAAAGGCAUUUCUCCAAAUUCGUGUACGCGAAAGUGAACGGGAUUCUUUACGAUUUCACUGGCGACCAGAUCCACAGGCUGAUGUAGAAGUACUACGGUUCACGAGAGUAUUGUUUGGAUUGGUUUCUUCUCCAUUCCUACUUGGGGGAGUUCUCGAAACACAUUUGGAUCACUGGAAAAGCAAAGCUCCAAACGCAGUUGAGGCUCUGAGAAGGUGUCUGUACGUUGAUGACAUCAUUUCAGGAGGAUGCACUGUGGAUGAAGCACGGAAAAGGAAAUUGGAAGCUAUUGACAUUGUGGAUGAUGCAACCUUUAUCCUUCAUAAGUGGGCAUCAAAUGCAAAGGAGUUGGAUGAAGGAAGUGUUAACAAAAAUGAAGAGCAAACAGCGGCCAAACAACAAUUUGGGGUGCAGCCAACUGAGACGAAGAUCCUGGGUACAACGUGGAAUAAAGAGAAAGAUACGUUAAGUGUACAAAUAGGGCAUUGUGGGAAAUUGCCAACGAAGCGCAACAUUUUAAGUCGACUGGCGAAGAUUUAUGAUCCAAUGGGAAUUGCAUCCCCUCUGCUUUUGCAAGGCAAACAAAUCUACCGAGAGGUGUGUGACCUGAAAUUACCUUGGGAUGCGGAAUUAAUUGGUAAACUGAAGCAGAGCUGGGAGAAGUGGGAAAACACCUUACCAAGCGAAGUGACCGUGCCAAGAGCGGUUCUGUCGUUCCAAGAACCCGUCUGUAGUUUAGAGAUUCAGGGAUUUGGGGAUGCCAGCGGUGAAGGUUUGUGCGCAGUCGUCUACACGGUCGCUAAACAACCAUCUGGAGUUACUCAGGAAUUACUGGCAGCGAAAUCAAGACUUGCCAAAAGAGGACUGACUAUCCCGAGGUUAGAGCUUGUUGCAAGUCAUAUGGCCGCAAAUUUGGUCUCGAAUGCUAGCAAUGCGCUGAGACACAUUCCACACAGAAAACACUGCUGGUCAGAUAGUACUGUAGCUUUAUGGUGGAUUAAAGGAGAGGGUGAUUAUAAACAAUUCGUGUCGCAUCGAGUGGCAAAAAUCCGAGCUUCUAAUGAGAUGGUGUGGCAUCAUGUGCCAACAACCGACAAUCCGGCCGACCUCGGAAGCAGAGGUGGCAAACUGACCGAGAUGUGGAUGAAAGGUCCUGCCUGGUUAUCAGAGCGUAGUCUUUGGCCACCAGAUCUUAUAGUCAAACCGUCGACUGACUCCCAAAGUGAAGCAAAGGCGACGAGAAUAAUUUUGUGCACGGCUAUCCAGCGGUCAGACUUGGCAAUAUUCAGUGAUAUUCUUGAAAAACAUCCAUUGCGAAAGGCGAUUCGUAUUGGGGCCUGGGUGAAACGAUUUAUUGAUAAUGCUCGACAAAACAGAGAUAAUAGAAAGCACGGGCCACUGACAUCUGAAGAAGUGGAAGAGCAACACAUGUCAUGGAUAAAAAUGGUACAAGCCGGAGUCGCAGAAAACCCAAAGUCUCAAAUGGAUCUGAUUCAGUUAAAUGUACAACCCGACGAUGACGAGAUUUUAAGAUGUCACGGUCGGAUACAAGGAAAGUUCCCUAUUUACUUGCCUGAUGACACUCUAUUCAACGUGAAGUUAGUGGAAGAUGCACACUUGGAAACACUCCAUGGGGGAGUUAUACUUACGAUGGCAAAGGUCCGAGAAAGGUAUUGGGUUCCUCGGCUUCGUCGAUUAGUCAAAAGGCAAAGGAAGAGAUGCUACAGAUGCAAGAGAUUCACGACCAAACCGUAUCAAGCUCCAAUACCUGCUCCUCUACCAAAGACUCGAACAGAAGGAACCACACCGUAUAAAGUCAUUGGUGUCGAUUUCGCCGGUCCGAUUAAGUAUAAAGUCAAGAAAAAUCAAGGAAAAGCCUAUCUAGUGCUCGUUUCCUGUAGUUUGACGCGAGGAGUAUAUCUUGAAUUGUUGAAGAGUCUUGAGACAACUUCUUUCCUGCAAAGUCUAAAACGGCUCAUAGCAAGGCGAGGUCGUCCUUCGCUGAUCUAUUCGGACACUGCAAAAACGUUCUAA